AUUAUAAAGUUUUCAUAAUUGUUCAAUUCUUUUUGUAUUUUAAACAAUUUUGAAAAGUGUAGAACAUUUUUUUUUAGAAAAUUGUUCUUAUGGUUGUGUCUUAUUUCACUUAAAAUCGAACGCAAUGGAUACAAAACAGUGUAAAAAUGAUCUAGAAGAUUCAUUGAACGAUAAAGGGUCUCAAGACGUCCUAAUUCUUUCGGAUUAUAGUGCCCCUAAUUGGUCAUUAGAUGAUUUUGAUAUUGGACGUCGUUUGGGUGAAGGACAAUUCGGAUCCGUUUAUCUUGCCAGGGAAAGGCGUUCAGGUUUUAUUGUAGCACUGAAAGCAAUCAAAAAAUCACAGUUAUUAUGGUCAUUUAAUGAACAUUUACUUCGGCGUGAGAUCGAAAUCCAUUCACAUUUAUUGCAUCCCAAUAUUUUACAAUUUUAUGGAUGGUUUAGUACAGCAACACGAAUUUAUUUGAUUCUCGAAAUAGCACCGUUAGGUGAAUUGAUGGAUCAACUUAAGUCCGGCGGUCUUCCUGAAGCGGUUGUGAGCAAAUACAUGAGACAAAUUAUUUCAGCUAUACGUUGUUGUCAUAAGUUAAAUGUUCUGCAUCGGGAUUUAAAACCAGAAAAUAUUCUUAUUGAUAUUCAAGGAAACCUUAAAUUGGCUGAUUUUGGUUGGGCAGCUCAUGUUCCCGAAGCAGCUAACGAGGAUGGUUCGGUGAAACAAAAAGAAGAUGAAUCUUCUUAUUUUUCGUAUUUGCGAAAACGACGAUGUACAUACUGUGGUACACUCGAUUACUUAUCACCUGAGAUUUGUAGAAGAGAAUGGUAUGGAAAGGAAGUUGACGUUUGGUGUCUAGGCGUUUUAUGUUACGAAUUAGCUGCAGGCGGUCCACCAUUUAGUCAUGAACAUUAUCAAAGAGGAGGUCUUACUGAACGUGAUGCACGUCGACAACAACAGAGAGAUAUACAAACACUUGAUAUAAAAGAGCGUAUUUUACCAUCUAUGUCCGAUGAAUUAAAAGAUUUUCUUAUUCAUACCUUAGCAAAAAAUCCUACAAAUCGUAUGACAACAUUACAAAUGCUUCAGCAUCCAUUUAUCACAAAUCAAAACCCCAAUUUAAAAAUAUCUGACGCGUCGGACGAUGACGUUUCAACAAAAACAAAUUUUGAAAGGGAAGGUCAGCUAUCUCGUUCAACAAAUACGUCAUCUACUGAGGAGACUGUAACAAACAUAAGUCAGACUCAGUCUAUACAGCAUCAUUCUCCAAAACUCCAGUCAAAUGAGUUCAAAACAAAUAUUCCCACACCUAAAAGGUUGCUUACUCCAGUGGGUUCAACACUGACUUCCCAAACUUGUUAUACAAAGCGUUUACCGGACAAAGCACUGACACCGCAAACAAUGAAAAUUUUUGUUUCUCAUAAUGGAUCGCGCUUACCUCGUAUUAAAUCAAAUGUUACAUCUCUCAAAAGGCAAUAGAAUACUCCCUUUUGAAACCCCAUCCUCACGCUGUUGUUUAUAUAAAUGUCCCAUUCACUGACCUUUUCUUGUUGCUCGUUACUUUUAAAAAUACGACCUCAUUUAAAAACCACACACAGAAAAAGCGUGACAAGAAUCAUUUUUUUUUAUUAAGUGUUAUUGGAAAUUGCGCUAUUUUAUACACUUUCUUUUCAUGUGUAGUAUUGCAAAAAAAAUCACUUAGAUUCUCUAGAACAAAUUCAGUUGUUGUGUUAACGGAAAGUCAAUUGAUCAUAUUCCUCUUCACCAACACCAGUACAUACGCAAUUUUAUUAUGGCAUCUUAAACGACAUCUUUUUGAAAAAAAAUGUUUUAUUUGCAAAAAAGAAUUAAGCAAAUCUAAACAAUAUGUAUUAUUUCCUCUAGUAAAAUAAAUUUUAAAUCAAAUUCAGGGGUUUUUAAAUAUACAAUUUUUUUUUUUAAAUGCUUUUAAUGUAAUAAUAUCUUUUUAAGAGUUAUCAUAAAAUAAAGUCCUGGUUUUUUUUUUAUUUUAAUUAUUUUUUGUAAAGUAACUUAUUUUGACAUUGCAUUA